AUGGUAAAUAAACUUAAUAAAAACGCUAUACAAGCUCAUAAUGAACUUAGAGCUUUGCAUGGUUGUCCAAAAAUAAGUUAUGAUUCAAAACUGGCUAGUGAUUCUCAAAAGUGGGCUGAACACUUGGCUUCAACAAAUUGUUUACAGCAUAGUAAAGCAGAUGGAUAUGGUGAAAAUUUAGCAUUUCACAUGUCUACAGCCGGUGCAUCACUGAAUGGUCGUGAAGCAACUCGAAAUUGGUACGAUGAAAUUAAGCAACAUGAUUUCAAUGGACAAAAUCAACCUGGGACAGGACAUUUUACUCAAGUAAUUUGGAAGUCAACUAAUAAAGCAGGAUUCGGUUCUGCAUUGUCCAAAGAUGGAAAGAAAGUGUACGUAGUGGGACGUUACAAGCCAGCCGGAAAUGUAAUUGGUUUUUAUGCAGAUAAUGUGCCACAACCAAAGAAAGCUCCUCCACCAAGAGAUGAAUUUAUUAAAAUACCAGAAAGUAAAUGUUCAAUAUUGUAA